GCCCUCUCUCCAAAUCUCUGUAACAGCUUAUAAAAGUCUGUCCACUUGCAUUCACCUCUAAUCUGAUCUGUUCUGUUCUGUUCACUUCAAUUCUCUCCAGUCUCGCCACCGCCGUUCUCCGUCGAUCAUCCGCCGUUACAAUGGUUCUGUCAAGGACUGCCGUCGCGACCGACGCCUCCGUCCACUCAACGUUCGCCUCCCGAUAUGUCAGGACGUCGCUUCCUCGAUUUCAGAUGCCGCAGAUGUCGAUCCCGAAGGAGGCGGCGUACCAGAUCAUAAACGAUGAGCUGAUGUUGGACGGGAAUCCGAGGCUGAAUCUGGCCUCCUUCGUGACGACGUGGAUGGAGCCGGAGUGCGAUAGGCUCAUCAUGGCUUCCAUUAACAAAAAUUACGUCGACAUGGACGAGUAUCCCGUCACCACUGAGCUCCAGAAUCGAUGUGUGAACAUGAUAGCGCACAUCUUCAACGCGCCGCUGGGCGAGGGAGAGGCCGCCGUCGGAGUGGGGACGGUCGGGUCAUCGGAGGCCAUCAUGCUCGCCGGAUUAGCGUUCAAGAGAAAAUGGCAGAACAAGAUGAGAGCCAUGGGCAAACCCAUCGACAAACCAAACAUCGUUACUGGUUCCAACGUUCAGGUAUGUUGGGAGAAAUUUGCAAGGUAUUUCGAGGUGGAGCUGAUAGAGGUUAAGUUGAGAGAUGGGUACUACGUUAUGGACCCUGAGAAAGCCGCAGAAAUGGUGGACGAAAACACAAUUUGUGUUGCUGCCAUUUUAGGAUCCACUCUCAAUGGAGAAUUCGAAGAUGUUAAGCGCUUGAACGAUCUCUUGGUCGAAAAGAACAAGGCAACCGGGUGGGAUACGCCGAUUCAUGUGGAUGCGGCGAGCGGUGGGUUCAUUGCUCCAUUCAUUUACCCAGAUCUGGUAUGGGACUUCAGGCUGCCGCUGGUGAAGAGUAUUAACGUUAGUGGUCACAAGUAUGGGCUUGUGUAUGCCGGAAUUGGUUGGGUGAUCUGGAGAAGCAAGGAGGACUUGCCUGAAGAACUCAUCUUCCACAUCAACUAUCUUGGUGCUGAUCAGCCUACUUUCACCCUCAACUUCUCUAAAGGUUCUAGUCAAGUGAUUGCCCAAUACUACCAACUAAUCCGUUUGGGAUACGAGGGUUACAAGAAUGUGAUGGAGAAUUGUCAAGAGAACGCAAUGGUACUGAAAGAAGCAUUGGAGAAGACAGGGAAGUUCAACAUCAUAUCAAAGGACGUGGGAGUCCCGUUGGUGGCGUUCUCGCUAAAAGACAACCGCCGCCACAACGAGUUCGAGAUCUCCGACAUGCUCCGCCGCUACGGCUGGAUCGUGCCGGCGUACACCAUGCCGCCCGACGCCGAACACGUCACCGUGCUGCGCGUCGUCAUCCGGGAGGACUUCUCCCGGACCCUGGCGGAGCGCCUCGUCAACGACAUCGAGAAAGUCAUCCACGACCUGGAAACACUCCCCGCCAGGGUCGGCGCCAGAAUGGCCGCCGAUGAGGUCACCGCCGUUCCCAAGAAGACUGAACGUGAAGUCACCCUGGAGAUCACCAACGCCUGGAAAAAGUUCGUGGCUGAUCGGAAGAGCAAGAAAAACGGCGUGUGUUAAUAUGCAUGCCCACCUAUAGCACAUCCCUAAUUAAAAAUAAUUUUUUUAAAUAUUGAUUAAUUUAGUGGAGUUUACGUUUUUUUUUUUUUUUUUCUAAACUCUAUUUAUGUUCUCUCAAUUGAUUGUUAUGUUAAAAUAUAAGAUCUGAAUUUCAAUUUUUU